GCCCACUAACUUGCAACCCACAUAGGGCCAGGGGCAUUUUCUGUGUGGUUUAUACUUGUUUACUCUGGGCUCAAAGAGAAGAACAAACGAAUCAAUUCCUUUGGCAGUAAACCCUGAGGCCUUCCUUUAAAGCCCUCCCUCUCCUAAAAGAAACAGAACUUGGGGGUGAGUGUGUGACAGAAAUGCGUGGACCAUGGUGGAGUGGUGGCUCAUGACUAUAAUCCAAGUGCUUUGGGAGGCCAAGGUGGGAGGAUUGCUUGAGUCUGGGAGUUCGAGACCAGCCUGGACAACAUAGUGGGCCCCUGUCUUAACCAAAAAUAAAAAAUUAGCUGGGCAUGGUGGUGCAUGCCUGUAGUCCCAACUACUAAGGAGGCUAAGGCAGGAUUGCUUAAGCCUAGGAGGUCCAGGCUACAGUGAACUAUGAUCACACCACUGCCCUCCAGCCUGGGUGACAGAGUAAGACCCUAAGGAUUUAAAAGAAAGAAAGAAAGGAAAGAAAGGAAAGAAAGAAAGAAAGAGAAAGAAAGAAAAAGAAAGAAAGAAAGAAAGAAAGAAAGAAAGAAAGAAAGAAAGAAAGAAAGAAAGAAAGAAAGAAAGAAAAGAAAGAAAGGGAGAAAGAAAAAGAAAUGGCAUGGAGCGGCCUUUGAAGGCAGGAAAGCCUCCCAGCAGAAAUCUAAAUCACUGAGUUCAGAUGUGGGCUAGAGUCAGCGACGUGUGGUUUCAUGGUAUCACUCUUGGCUUCUCCUAAGGACAGCUAAAGCUUUAACCUCCUCCUCUCUAUAUGAAUAUGUACGGUAUCUAAAUAUAUACGUCUGUGUGCUGCUAUAUAAAGUAUGUGUGUACUAUAACAAAGAGACUGUCUUCAGAAACAGCCUCUUUUUUUGGGCAUUUAAUGGGCAUGACAGUUUUACAAGUGACGCAAAUGAACGGAUGUUUUACAUUCGCUUUAUAUUUUGCCACAUGCUUUGGGAUUCUAGGAGCUCAUUUAAUCAUCACUGCACUUUGAGGGGCAGGUAAUUUACCAGUUGUGUGUGUGUGAGUGUGUGUGUGUUUUUUCUCUUUUUUUUUUUUUGAGACAGAGCCUUUCUCUGUCGCCCAAGCUAGAGUGUAGUGGCGCAAUCCUGGUUUACUGCAAGCUCCGCCUCCCGGGUUCAAGCAACUCUCCUGCCUCAGCCUCCCAAGUAGCUGGCAGUAAAGAAAGGCACGUGCCACCACGCACGGCUAAUUUUUUUUUUUUUUUUUUUUUUUUUUUGUAUUUUUAGCUUUUUUUUUUUUUUUUUUUUUUUUUGGGGGGACGGAGUUUCGCUCUUUUUGCCCAGGCUGGAGUGCAACGGCAUGAUCUGGGCUCACCACAGCCUCUGCCUCCUGGAUUCAAGCGAUUCUUCUGCCUCAGCCUCCCGAGUAGCUGGGAUUAUAGGCAUGUGCUACCACUCCGGCUAAUUUUGUAUUUUUUAGUAGAGACGGGGUUUCUCCAUGUUGGUCAUGCUGGUCUUGAACUCCCAACCUCAGGUGAUCCACCCGCCUCAGCCUCCCAAAGUGCUGGGAUUACAGGCGUGAGCCACUGUGCCUGGGCAUGAGUUUCCUUUUCUCUGCAUCCUUGCCAGCAUCUGUUGCUGUCUUUUUUAUAAUAAUUAUCCUAAACGGGGAGAGUGAUACCUCAUUGCAGUUUUGAUUUGUGUUUCCCAGAUAGUGAUGAGUGUGUUUUAAUAUAUUUUUUGACCAUUCGUAUGUUGUCUUUUGAAAAAUGCCUAUUCAGGUCGUUUGACAUUUUUAAAUUGGAUUGUUUGAGGGUUUCUUUGCUGUUGAAAUACUUCAGUUGCUUGUGUAUUGUAUUCUGGCUUUAUUUUUUUUUUUUUGAGACGGAGUUGCUCUGUUGUCCACGUUGGAGUGCAGUGGCACGAUUUCAGCUCACUGCAAUAUCUGCCUCCCGGGUUCAAGCAAUUCUGCCUCAGCCUCCUGAGUAGCUGGGAUUACAGGUGUGCGCCACCACACCCAGCUAAUUUUUGUAUUUUUAGUAGAGACGGGUUUUUGCCAUAUUGGCUAGGCUGGUCUCAAACUCCUGACCUCAAGUGAUCUGCCCACCUUGGGCUCCCAAAGUGCUGGGAUUACAGGCGUGGCCACUGCAUCUGGCCUCUUUCUUGACUCUUGACAUUUUCCUUACACUGUCGCUGAGUGGGUUCUACAUCAGAAAAAGAUGAAUAGGCCAGGUGUAGUGGCCGAAUCCUAUAAUGCCAGCACUUAGGGGGGCCAAGGCGGGAGGAUUGCUUGAACUCAGGAGUUUGAUACCAGCCUGGGCAACAUGGCAAAACCACAUCUCUACAAAAAAUACAAAAAUUUGCCGGUUGUGGUGGUGCAUGCCUGUAGUCCCAAUUACUCCUGAAGGCUGAAAUGGGAGGAUCACUUGAGCCUGAGAGGUUGAGACUGCAGUGAGCCUUGAUCGUGCCACUGCACUUUAGCCUUGGCAACAGAGUGAGAUGCUGUCUCAAAAAAGGAAAAAAAAAAAUUGAAUGUGGAGAUAAGCAGAUUUCAAAUGCGAAGUGAAAAAGAAGCUUUUCAUUGUUCAAACCAUAUUGCUAAGUGAGAAAAGCAAAGUACAGAUCUGUAUAGAAUCUGACUUUUUGUCCUAUGAGAUGAAAAACUUGUAACAUAAUUGACACACACAGAAUAAUAAGCAAAGGGAGACACAAUUCUAUGAGGAUAAUACUAUACUGCAAAUUUCACCUUCUGUUUUUACUUAUUCAUUAAAUUAUUUAUUUGGAGACAGAGUCUUGCUCUGCUGCCCAGGCUGGCCUCAAACUCCUUUGCUGAAGUGAUCCUCCCUCUAAGCCUCCCAAAUAGGUGGGUGAACAGGCAUAGUUUUUCUCCACCGGUAUUGUUCAAUGUUUUUAAUAAAGAAGAAAGUCUCAUUUUAAUGACAAAACCAACAAGGGGGCCAUUUUUAAUCACAUGCUGACCUUAAUUCCAUCUCUUCUUAGACAUCAUUGUUAAAACUUCUGGGGUGGGCGAAGUGGCUGAUGCCUGUAGUCCCAGCACUUUGGGAGGCCACCUCGGGUGGAUCACCUGAGGUGAGGAGUUUGCGACCAGUCUGGCCAAAAUGGUGAAACCUCGUCUCUACUAAAAAUACAAAAAUUAGCUGGGUGUGGUGGCAGGCACCUGUAAUCUCAGCUACUUGGGAGGCUGAGGCAGGAGAAUGAAUUGCUUAACCCAGGAGGAGGAGGUUGCAGUGAGCUGAAACUGCACCAUUGUACUCCAGCCUGGGCAACAAGAGUGAAACUCCUCAAAAACAACAGCGAAACCCUGUAAAGUCAGCUGGGAGCGGUGACUUACUCCUGUAAUGUCAGCACUUUGGGAGGCCGAGGCAGGCAGAUCAGAGGUCAGGAGUUCGAGACCAGUCUGGCCAACAUGGUGAAACCUUGUCUCUACUAAAAAUACAAAAAUUAGCUGGGUGUGGUGGCAGGCAUCUGUUAUCCCAGCUACUUGGGAGACUGAGGCAGGAGAAUUGCUUGAACCCAGGAGGUGGAUGUUGCAGUGAGCCGAGAUGGCACCACUGCACUCCAGCCUGGGAAAGAAUGAGACUUUGUCUCAAAAAAAAAAGAAAACUGUGAAGGGUAAAUUUUUUUCACCAUCCACUAAUGUUUCAAUAGAGCUAUUUCUGUCAUCACAUUUAUUAGAUAGUCGUUGGUAAUAAGUUUCUGUAACUGGCAUUUCACCUCUUUUUCUGGUGUCAUAUUAGUUCCUCGUGCAGAACACUCCCCGCUGUCACAAGAGAAAGAAAUGAUAAUCACUUCCCAGGAAAGAUACAAGCUCGUUAAUUUAACAUACGCCCAAUGUCUCCAGGUGGAUAUCAUCACCACCAUUACCAAUACCAAGGUGGGAUUUCUCUCACUGUUCUUUACCUGAGACUGACUUCAAGUUCCUAAAAUGGGUUGAAAAUAUAAGUUAGAAUACCAAGUAAGGGAUAUUACAUGAAUAAAUGUUUUGCUCAAUGAAUUGGACACAGUGAUUGACUAUAUAAGCGGGAGAGUUGUUUUUCCGUGGGAAUGACUGAUUCACCUUUGUACUCUUGCUUUAGCCUCUCUAUCUUCCUUGGCAUGGUCCUAUCUGGAUUAGUUCUCUUUUGCCCCUGGCAGACUGAAAAACCAACUCUAUUGCCUCAGAGUGAGGCAGGAGAAUAGGGAAUUAGGGUAACCAAGGAUGAAGGCAUAAGCAAAAGAACAGCAGGUGCAGCUAGUUCUAGGCAAGAUGAGGCAGCACACAGGCCACAUCCUCACUCCUGUCGUAACAAGACAGAAGUCUCCACUUCAGCCUCUGAUUGUGCACCAAUCCUUCAUAGGAUUGGAGGCCUUUAAAGAGCUCUUGGGGUAUUAUAAAAUUCUAGCUUAUUGUUAAUGGCAAAAACCGCAAUUACUUUUGCACCAACCUAAUAAAACCCUAAAAAACAUUGUAAUCGGGGUUCUUGAGCCGCUUGGUCGCCUGCUCCCAAACCUACAUUCCACUUCUGUGGAGUGUACUUUCACCUCAAUAAAUCUGCGCUUUCAUUGGUCCGUUCUUUCGUUGCUUUUUUUUGUGUGUUUUGUUCACUUCUUUGUUCAAUGUGCCAACAACCUGGACAACUCACAGUCAAGACUUUCCAUCCGGUAACAUGAGUGCAUUCAUGUGAAUUAUAACACAGUAAUGUUUAUCAGCCUCUGCUUCCAGUGCAGGCAUUUUGUGUCUAAACGAUUGUAUAAAGUGACACACGAAUUUGGAUUUGUAGCCUUUGGGGGCAUUCACAAUAUUUUUAGCGCCUGGGAGCUUGAAUUUCCAAAAAUGUGAAUUAAUAUUUUUGCAAAUACUUAGGUGGUCAGUUACAAACAGGGAUUCCCCAGGAAUCUCAAUAUGGCCUCUAAGGAGGGGCUAGAUCAUCCUCUGCCCUAAAAGGAUGCGCGCUUUAAUGAACCCCCUGAGGUGGAGCUGGGACUUCCCUGCAUAAGCACCUUUGGGAAGCGGCAGCUUUACUACCUUGGAAUCUGGGGAACUACAUUACCCAGAAAGCUCUACAUUUAAUGACAGCGCGACAGAACCAGUAAGAGCUCAGAAUAAAGGCGUUUCUGUGUGCGCACGUAACGUAGUGGCGGGAUUCUCAGCGUUCUCUGGUAGCGACCAUUUUGGUUAAUGUUGGGUGUGUUUGUGCGGUUUGUGAGGUGAGAGGCGCUGGAGCUAAGGGUCCGAACCGCGGUGUCUGAACCCAGAAGGUGGAGAAGAGUCCUUCUUGCUGCACAAAGGCGGAUCUUAGGCCCCUUAACGGCGCCCGCCGCUCCCGGCCGUGCUUUCCCCGCGUACUCGAAUGGCGGCGGCCGCGCUGAGACUCCCGGCUCAGGCAUCAUCUGGCUGCAAAGAAGAGAACACACUGUGUUUGCGGGAGGAGGAAGCAGGAUCAGAGUUUAAGCUCCUGCCAUAAUGCAGCACGGCACUGUGGCAUUUGAAGAUGUGGCUGUGAACUUUUCCCAGGAGGAAUGGAGUCUCCUUAGUGAGGUUCAGAGAUGCCUGUACCAUGAUGUGAUGCUGGAGAACUGGGUACUUAUGUCCUCCCUGGGUUGUUGGUGCAGAUCAGAAGAUGAAGAGGCACCUUCUAAGAGGAGCAUUUCUAUACAAACAGUGUCUCAGGUCAGCACUCCUAGGGCAGGUGUGUCUCCCAAGAAGGCCCACUCUUGUGAAAUGUGUGGCGCAAUCUUGGAAGACAUUUUGCACUUGGCAGAUCAUCAGGGGACACAUCACAAGCAGAAACUGCACAGGUGUGAGGCAUGGGGGAAUAAAUUGUAUGAUAAUUCAAACCAUCAGCACCAGAAUCAGUACCUUGGAGAGCAACCCUAUAGACGCAGUGUUGAGGAAGCAUUGUUUGUGAAGAGGUGUAAGUUCCAUGUGUCAGAGGGGUCAUCUGUCUUCAUUCAGAGUGGAAAGGACUUUUUGCCCAGCUCAGGAUUACUGCAGCAGGAGGCCACUCACACUGGGGAGAAGUCAAACAGCAAAACUGAGUGUGAGUCUUCCUUUCAGUGGGGAGAUACUCAUUACAGCUGUGGGGAAUGCAUGAAACAUUCUAGCACCAAACACGUACUUGUUCAACAGCAGAGACUUCUCCCUAGAGAGGAAUGUUAUUGCUGCGAAUGUGGGAAACCCUUUAGCAAAUAUGAUAGCUUCAGUAAUCAUCAGAGAGUUCACACUGGGAAAAGACCUUAUGAAUGUGGAGAAUGUGGGAAAUCUUUUAGUCAUAAGGGCAGCCUUGUUCAGCAUCAGCGAGUUCAUACUGGAGAAAGACCUUAUGAGUGUAGAGAAUGUGGGAAAUCUUUUAGUCAAAAUGGCACCCUCAUUAAACAUCAACGAGUUCACACUGGAGAAAGACCUUAUGAGUGUGAAGAAUGUGGGAAAUGUUUUACUCAGAAGGGCAAUCUCAUUCAACAUCAACGAGGUCACACUAGUGAAAGACCUUAUGAGUGUGAAGAAUGUGGAAAAUGUUUUAGUCAAAAGGGCACCCUCACUGAACAUCAUCGAGUUCACACUAGAGAAAGACCUUAUGAGUGUGGAGAAUGUGGGAAAUCUUUUAGUCGAAAGGGACACCUUAGGAACCAUCAGCGAGGUCACACUGGAGAAAGACCUUACGAGUGUGGAGACUGUGGGAAAUCUUUUAGUCGAAAGGGCAACCUCAUUCAGCAUCAGCAAAGCCACACUGGAGAAAGGCCUUAUGAGUGUAGGGAGUGUAGGAAAUUAUUUAGGGGCAAGUCCCACCUCAUUGAACACCAGAGGGUUCACACUGGAGAAAGGCCAUAUGAAUGUAAUGAAUGUGGGAAAUCAUUUCAAGACAGCUCUGGGUUUCGUGUUCAUCAGAGAGUUCACACUGGAGAAAAACCGUUUGAGUGCAGUGAAUGUGGGAAGUCAUUUCCUCAAAGCUGUUCUCUCCUUCGACAUCGGAGAGUUCAUACUGGAGAAAGGCCUUAUGAGUGUGGAGAAUGUGGAAAGUCAUUUCAUCAGAGCUCUUCCCUCCUUCGACAUCAGAAAACUCACACUGCAGAAAGACCUUAUGAGUGCAGAGAAUGUGGGAAAUUCUUCUCCAGUCUCCUUGAACACAGGAGAGUUCACACUGGAGAAAGACCUUAUGAAUGCAGUGAAUGUGGAAAAACAUUUACUCGAAGGUCUGCACAUUUUAAACACCAGAGACUUCAUAUUCGAGGAAAGCCUUAUGAGUGCAGUGAAUGUGGGAAAUCCUUUGCUGAAACCUUCAGUCUUACUGAACACAGGAGAGUUCAUACUGGAGAAAGGCCUUAUGAGUGCAGUGAAUGUGGAAAAUCAUUUCAUCGAAGCUCUUCUCUCUUUCGACAUCAGAGAAUUCACACAGAAAGAAGUCCUCACGAGUGAAAGAAAUUUGGGAAAUUCUUUAGCUAAACCUCUGUGCAUCUUCUUGAUCAGAGAGUUCUUACUGGAUCAGGACCUUAUGAGUGUGACAAACGUGGGAUAUUCUUUAUGCAGAAGUCUUGCUUUAUUACCUACAGAAGAGCUCACCCUGCAGAAGGGCCUCUUGAGUGCAAUGAAUGUGAGAAAGCCUUCCACCUUCUGUCAUUGGAUAACAGAUUGUUCUUAUAAGGAGAACACUGUACACAUACAGGAAAUAUUAUUUCUUGUAAAACAUAACACUGGAGGAGAUGCCUUAUGAGGGAGCCAUCUGCCUAAAUUGACAUACCUUCAGCAUCUGCAUAAACUCAAUUAUGUUGGAGCUGUGGCAUUUUUCACCCUGCCGGGUUCCCUUGCCAGACUUAUGUGACUGUCAGUUAGCUGGCAAAAGCCAUUUUAUGUCAGCCACGAGGCAGGUGUUCACCGUGCAUCAUUCAUUCACCCCAUGAUGUUCUGGAAGUAAACCUUGGUUGUCUUUCAUUGGCCAGAGGAAUUGGGAUCUCAAGGGCAUUUCCCUUUGCCCACCUCACCUUUUCAUAUUUGGUAAACUGUAUGCAUUUGCCUCCAGCCCAAGAUUAUAAAUAUGAACUGAUUAUGAUCUGCAUGUUCUCUCAUUGGGUUCAAGCAUAUCCUUACAGAAAAGCCACCGUGGAAGUCGUGGGUAAAUAUGUGUUGGAUUGGUAACUCCCUCUUGGAGAAUUUCUUGUGAAUUACACAGCAAUAGGGGAACUCAUUUAACUGGAGACAUAAUCUCAAUUUGUAAAGUGUGGCCCAUUUUCUUUUUUUUUUUUUUUUUUUUGAGACGGAGUCUCGCUCUGUCGCCCAGGCUGGAGUGCAGUGGCGCGAUCUCGGCUCACUGCAAGCUCCGCCCCCCGGGGUUCACACCAUUCUCCUGCCUCAGCCUCCCGAGUAGCUGGGACUACAGGCGCCCGCCACCACGCCCGGCUGAUUUUUUGUAUUUUUAGUAGAGACGGGGUUUCACCAUGUUAGCCAGGAUGGUCUCGAUCUCCUGACCUUGUGAUCCACCCACCUUAGCCUCCCAAAGUGCUGGGAUUACAGGCGUGAGCCACCGCGCCCGGCAAGUGUGGCCCAUUUUCUAACAUUUUUAUUUUGCAUACCUCCCCUGUCUUCUGGAUUGAUGAAACUAACAAAGAGAUUAAUAAAAACCCAUCUUGUCAUGUACAGGGACUCACGCCUUUAAUUCCAGUGUUUUGGGAGACUAAGGCAAGAACAUCCUUGAGGCCAGGAGUUCGACACUGUUUAACAGAUACACCUGACAGCAGUAACUCAAGCACACCCUAAGAAUGACCCUGUGGUCUAAGAAGAGUGUUGGUUCAACAUUCCAAACGAAGGAAUCCAGGAGUGGCCAUCCCGGAGGUUUCUGAACCCCUGGCCUGUUCCUUGGAAUGAGGCCCUUUGUUUUGAGCUAGGUGGAGGGUGAUAAGUGAAAAUACUAUAUAAACUGCAUGCUUCUUACAAAUGAUAGUGGUUUUCUUGUCCAGCCUGCCGCUCCUGGACUGCCCUGUAUCUAAGUCCUCAAUAAACCCUAUGUCUCAUUUUCUUUCUUUCUUUCUUUUUUUUUUUUUUUUUUUUUUGAGAUGGAGUUUUGCUCCUGUUGCCCAGGCUGGAGUGCAGUGGCGUGAUCUCGGCUCACUGCAACCUCCACCUCCCAGUUCAAGCGAUUCUCCUGCCUCAGCCUCCCAAGUAGCUGGGAUUACAGGCAUGUGCCACUACACCCGGCUAAUUUUGUAUUUUUAGUAGAGAUGGGGUUUCUGCAUUUUGAUCAUGGUGGUCUCAAACUCCCAACCUCAGGUGAUCCGCCUGCCUUGGCCUCCCAAAGUGCUGGGAUUACAGCUGUGAGCCACGCACCUAGCUCUAUGUCUCAUUUUCUAGCUCUGGCUCUCAUUCACUUCUUGGACAUGGUGCCAUCCUUAUUGAAGUCAAUAGGGUGGGGAUCAAGCAUGAUAGAGACCAGCCAGGCAACACAGCACGACCUUGUCUGUACCAAACAGCUGGGCAUGGUGGCACAUACCUAUAGUCCUAGCUGUGUGGCAGACUGAGGCGGGAGGAUCAUUUCAGCCCAGGGAUUUGAGGUUACAGUGGGCCAUGAUUGCCCCAUUGCAGUCUAGCCUAGGCAGCAGAACAAGACCCUGUCUCUCACCUGGCGAAAUUAACAGAAGCUUUUCAUAGUACUUUGCUGAAGGCUCUUAAAUUGGUUUUGCUUAACCUAUAAACAACUCCUUUCAGAAAACAAGUAUUACUUUGUGAGAAAAUUACCCAUCAUCCCAUGAGGUUGGAUGGAGGAUUGUAUGAACCAACUUAAUUCAAAGGGGAUUGACCAGGCAUGGUGGCUCACGCCUGUAAUCUCAGCACUUUGGUAGGCCAAGGCAGGCAGAUCGCCUGAGGUCAGGAGUUUGAUACCAGCCUUGCCAACAUGGUGAAACCUCAUCUCUUCUAAAAAUCCAAAAAUUAGCUGGGCGUGGUGGUGGGUGUCUGUAAUCCCAUCUACUCUGGAGGCUGAGGCAUUUUUUAUUUAUUUUUUUUUGAGACAUAGUCUCACUCUAUCACCCAGGCUGGAGUGCAGUGGUGCAACCUCCACUCACUGCAACCUCUGACUCCCGGGUUCAAGUGAUUCUCUUGCCUCAACCUCCCAAGUAGCUGGGAUUACAGGUGUGCGCCACCAUACCCAGCUAAUUUUUGGAUUUUUAGUAGAGACAGGUUUUCACCAUGUUGGCUAGGCUGGUCUUGAACUCCUGACCUCAGGCAAGCCACCUGCCUCAGCCCCCCAAAGUGCUAGAAUUACAGGCAUGAGCCACCACACCCGGCAGGAGAAUCGCUUGAACCCGGGAGGCGGAGGUUGCAGUGAGCUGAGAUAACACCACUGCACUCCAGCCUGGGCAACAGAGUGACACUCUGUCUCAAAAAAAAAAAAAGAAGAAGAAGAAAAAUCUCAUUUUGAAGCCAAAACCAUCAGAUUGACCAUUCCAAUUAUGUGCUGAGCAUAAUUUAAUCUCUUGGACAUCGGUGCUAACAUUUUUCUGAGGUCCUAAGUUUUUUCACCAUCUACUGAUGUUUCCAUAGACCCACUUCUGUCAAAACUGUUUAGUAAUUAAUUACCUAGUCAGUGUUUUCUUGUUUUUCGCUUUUUAUGUUUUUUGGGGGGUGUGGAGAGACGGAGUCUUGCUCUGUCGCCCAAGCUGUAGUGCAAUGGCACGAUCUAGGCUCACUACAACCUCUGCCUCCUGGGUUCAAGUAAUUCUUCUGUCUCAGCCUCCCAAGUAGCUGGGACUACAGGCACGUGCCACCACGCCUGGCUAAUUUUUUUUUUUUUUUUUUUUUUGAGAUGCCUAGGCUGGAGUGCAGUGGUGUGAUCUCUGCUAACUCCAAGCUCCGCCUCCUGGGUUCACGUGUUUCUGCUGCCUUAGCCUCCCAAGUAGCUGGGACUACAGGCACCCGCCACCAUGCCCGGCUAAUUUUUUGUAUUUUUAGUAGUGACGGGGUUUCACCAUCUUAGCCAGGAUGGUCUCGAUCUCCUGACCUCAUGAUCUGCCCACCUCGGCCUCCCAAAGUGCUGGGAUUACAGGCAUGAGCCACCACGCCCAGCCUACCUAGUCAGUAUUAACAGGCUUUUGUAUCUUGCAAUUUACAACUGUUUCUCUCAUGUAAUAUUAAUUUUUCAUGCAGAACACUCCCUCCUCUCUUAAGAUAAAUCAAUGAUAAUCACUUCCCAUAAAUGACAUGAACUCAUGGCUUUUACAAAUGCCCAGUAUGACCAGAUGGAGAGCACCAACUUUAAGGACUGUUCGAAAUGCUUGUUCCUUGGUGCCGUAAAGAAAUAGCACUUGAACAUAAAUUUAAUUUUCUCAGCAAGGCCACUUUUACUUUCUGCAGAAACGCUACACUCGCCAGCAGUUUUGCCGUGAGAGUACACUGAACAAAGGAGACAGGGUCAUUUAUAACCUGACGCAUCCACCUUACUGCUAUGGCUGGUUUCCACUGGCUAAAUAGAAAUUCACAUUCUGUAUUUGUCCUGAUUGGCUAGCAACUUAGAACUUAGAGGCAAAGGCAGGAGGAAAAUGAAGGAGGAAUUAACUUGUGGAAUGCUAAGAAAGGCAAAAACACCUUCAAACAAGGAAGAGGAACAGGCUAUGACAAUGCUUGCUUGGACCAGUAUAAACAUGCCAGGGCAAAUAUUUAGGCUAAAUUGUGGGAGCUAAGAACAUAAAGUACAUAGAUUUUCUUUAUUACGGCUAGCAGAUAUUUAAGAAUGUUAGCACAGGUCUUUGAAUAAAUUUUGCUUCUAAGAGAAGUUACUAUUUAUUCCUAAUUAGAUGGGAGGAAAGUCUUUGAAGAGGAACCUGUACUUUUUACAGACUGUAGCCAUCACCACUACCAAGAUACCAUUUAUUUUAUCGUUUUUUGUUUCUUUGAGAGAGAGUCUCGCUCUGUUGCCAGGCUGCAGUGCAAUGGCGCGAUCUCGGCUCACAGCAACCUCUGCCUCCCGCGUUCAAGCGAUUCUCCUGCCUCAGCCUCCCGAGUAGCUGGGACUACAGGUGUGUGCCACCACACCUGGCUAAUUUUUUUUUUGGAUUUUUAGUAGAUACUGGGUUUCACUGUGUUAGCCAGGAUGGUCUCGAUCUCCUGACCUGGUGAUCCGCCUGCCUCGGCCUCCCAAAGUGCAAGGAUUACAGGCGUGAGCCACCGUGCCCAGACUUAUUCUUUACAAGACUGAUGUCAAAUUACUAAAAGGAGUUGAAUAUGAGAAUAUCAAGUAAAGGAUACUGAGUGGGAAAAAGCGUUGUUCAAUUAAUUGAAUGCUACAAUGAUUUGUGAACCCCCCAAAUUUGAGACAGGUCUCCGUUAAUUUAAAAAGUUUUAUUUUGCUGGCCAGGCAUGGUGGCUCAUGCCUGUAACCCCAACACAUUGGAGGGCAAGGCAGGCGGAUCACAAGGGAGAUCGAGACCAUCCUGAACAAGGUGAAACCCCUGUCUGUACUAAAACUACAAAAAUUGGCGUGGUGCCACGUGCCUGUAGUCCCAGCUACUCGGGAGGCUGAGGCAGGAGAAUCACUUGAACCCGGGAGGCAGAGGUUGCAGUGAGCCGAGAUCGCGCCACUGCACUCCAGCCUGACCAAAGAGCGAGACUCUGUCUCAUAAAAAAAAAAGUUUAUUUUGCCAAGGUUGAGGACACAUGCCCGUGACACAGCCUCAGGAAGUCGUGACGACAUGUGCCCAUGGUGAUUAGGGUACAGGUUGGUUGUGGGGAGCCAAGUUCACAUUCCCAUGCAUUGGCAAAGCCUGCAGCCAGGGAAGUAGGUGGCAUGGCAAAGACCUGACCACUGAAGAUCCUGUUAUGGGUAGCUUCCUGUUCUUACCAGCUCAGUGAAGCGCUGUGAAUGGCUUUUCAUAGCUAAUGGUUAGCACAGGACAGACUGUGGAGGCCGCAUCAAUUGAAGACAAAAACAAUUAUCGCGUGGACUUUUGACCCCUGGCAUGUAUAAAAGCACUGAAUAAACCAGAGCUUGGGUCGCUUCCCUAUCAGGGGACCGUCCCUCCUAA